AUGUCGAACCUUGACGCGCCUAUGCCCGUGGACUCCCAGGACGGCGGGCGGCAAGAUUCAACACAGCCUUCUUCGCCGGCGACGAAUAUUGCUGAUCAGCAUGAAUCUGUUUCCGAGAAUAUGGAUGUAGAGGAGGAGGAGAAUACAGAGGAGAUGGAUGUGCAGGCUAAGGCGUUGAUGCAUUUGUUGAGUACUAGUGAGGUUUUUGUCGCGAUUAUGGCGGAUAAAAUGAAGAAGCAGCAGGAAGAGGCGAAGCUUGAGGCGGCCAAGCAGCAGGAGCAGAAAGUGGAGGCGACUAAGAAGCCUACUCCUACCUUGGAGCCUGUUGGGAGGCGGUCAACGCGUACGAGUGCGAGGCAGAGUGUGUUGAAGGAGCCUGUUGCUGUUGAGAACGCGAGGACGGAGGAGCAGGGUUCUGUUAAGUCGAAACGAGGCCGAGGCAAGAGAGCUGCCCCUGCUGCGGCUGCGAAGUCGAACACCAUUUCCAGCUAUUUUAAGAAGGCCGAUGUGCAGGUUUCUGAGGAUAAUCCUACCAUCCAGGAGGCGUUGGAACAUGCUGCGGACGAGUAUGAGGCUAAUCCCUCGGCUUUGGGUGGACAGGAUCUGGUUGCUACGCAGCAGCCGGGAUUGAUUACCGGUGGUACUAUGAAGAAGUAUCAGCUGGAGGGGUUGGAGUGGAUGAAGUCCCUUUGGAUGAAUGGUCUGUGUGGAAUUCUGGCCGAUGAGAUGGGUCUUGGAAAAACCGUGCAGGCUAUCUCCUUAAUUGCUUUCUUCAAGGAGAAGAACAUUUCAGGACCGUUUCUGGUUGCGGCCCCACUUAGUACUGUGAGUAAUUGGGUGGAUGAAUUUGCUCGAUGGACUCCUAGCAUCAAGACCGUGAUGUAUCAUGGGAGUAAGGAUGAGCGGGCAGAAAUCCGAAGAAAGAUGAUGAAUAUGAAGAAUCAGCGGGACAUGGACUUCCCGGUAGUUUGUACCUCUUAUGAGAUAUGUAUGAAUGAUCGGAAGUUCCUUGGGCAGUACCAAUGGCGAUAUAUUAUUGUGGAUGAAGGACACCGUUUGAAGAAUAUGAACUGUCGACUUAUAAAGGAACUUCUUACCUACAACUCCGCGAACAGACUCCUUAUCACCGGCACACCAUUGCAGAACAACAUCACAGAGCUUUGGUCGCUUUUACAUUUCCUGCUGCCGGAGAUUUUCAACGAUCUGAAUAGCUUCCAAAGCUGGUUUGACUUCUCGUCGAUGCUGGAUAGCAGUGGCAAGACGGAUGUCAUUGAACGCCGAAAGCGCACUCUAGUCUCCACGAUGCACUCGAUUCUGAAGCCAUUCCUAUUAAGACGUGUCAAGACGGAUGUCGAAAUGUCGCUCCCCAAGAAGAGAGAAUACAUUCUUUAUGCACCUUUAACAGCAGAGCAAAAGGAUCUCUAUCGCGAGAUUCUCAGCGGAACGGGCCGUCAGUACCUCGAAAAUAAAGCAAGAGAAAGAUUAUUAGCCAAGAAUGAACGCUUGACACGUUCCGGAAGCGUGAAGCGUAGUGUAGAUAGCAGCGGUGACUCGACUCCAAACAAGAGUCUAAAGUCUAGCCGUUCUUCUACACCAGCCAGUACGACCAGUUCCACUCGCAGACGCAGAGGCCCGCAAAGUUACAAAGAGAUAAGCGACCGCGAAUUCAACUCAAAGCUGCGAAAGCUCGAGCAAGGAAUAGAAGACGAUCUAGAUAUCCAAGGUCCAAGCGAAACCGAACAGGAGGAGAUCGAAAGAGCAAGGACUUUCAAGCUUGCCAAACAAGAAGUAGCCCAAAAGAAAAUGCAGAACCCCGUGUUACAGGCGCGAUUGGCUUGUAAUUCUCCGCAUAACUUCUACUGGCCUUGGAACGAAAAGCCGGUUGACGAAUCCCUGGUCACUGCAUCAGGAAAAAUGCUAUUACUGGACCGGCUUGUUACACGUCUGCUAGCUAAUGGGCAUAAGAUCCUCAUCUUUUCUCAAUUCAAAUCACAGCUGGAUAUUCUCCAGGAUUGGGCCACACAGCUCCGGUCCUGGAAUUGCUGCCGAAUCGAUGGCGCAAUCAGCCAGACAGACCGGCAAGCUCAGAUUAAAGCCUUCAAUACAGAACCUGGUUUCAAAAUUUUCCUCCUGAGUACACGUGCGGGAGGACAGGGCAUCAACCUCAUGGCAGCAGACACUGUCAUCCUAUUUGAUUCCGACUGGAACCCGCAACAAGAUCUCCAAGCUCAGGACCGUGCCCACCGCAUAGGUCAGACAAGGCCUGUGAUCGUGUACCGUCUAGCGACAAAGGGUACUGUUGAGCAAACACUGCUUGAGAAAGCUGAUUCGAAACGGCGUCUGGAAAGACUCGUCAUCCAAAAGGGCAAGUUCAAGAGUCUUUUAGAUCAAAGCUCACACUCACAGGAUGACCUUGAGGAUCUCAAAAAGGCUCUUGGGGAGGAUGACUUUGAGCAUUUCGAGACUGGUACAGACCCCAGUCGUCUCUUAACUAACAAGGAUCUCGAUAUCUUGACGGAUCGUAGUGAAGAGGCAUAUGCUCGCGCCGAGAAGGGCUUGGACCAUAGUGGACGGGCUUUCUUGGCCGUUGAGACGAAGAAAGACGGACUUAUGGUGCAGAUCACUGGGAAAGCUUAA